CCGGGGUCAGAGGGCGGCUCAGUACUGCCUACUUUUCGAAGUUUCUAGCAGCAGAAUAAUAUCCUGCGGUCAUAAAAAUAAUGGUUAUGAUUUCUGUAGAUUUUCUUUCUUAGUUGAAAACAGUCAUUUAUUAGACUAGAGAGCUACAGUGGAGAUCAGACUGACAGCUGAUCAUGUUUGGGUGUCUAGUUGCAGGCAGAUUGGUCCAGACCGACGCCCAACAGGUCGCGGGUGAUAAAUUUGUGUUCAACCUGCCGGACUAUGAGAAUGUGAACCACGUGGUGGUGUUCAUGCUGGGUACAGUGCCUUUUCCUGCUGGAAUGGGAGGUGCUGUUUAUUUCUCCUUCCCUGAUCCCAGUGUAGGUCAAGUGUGGCAGCUCCUGGGCUUCAUCACCAACGAAAAGCCAAGUGCCAUUUUUAAAAUUUCUGGCUUGAAAGCUGGUGAGGGUGGAACUCACCCGUUCGGAAUGAUGGCUGCCCCGCAGGCCGCCUCGGUGGCUCAGGUUGGCGUUUCAGUUGAACCUCUCGACCAGCUCGCUCAACAGACCCCAGUUUCCAAUGCGACCGUCUCCACCAUGGAUUCCUUCACACAGUUCACACAGAAGAUGUUGGAGAGCCUGUACAACUUCACCUCCUCCUUUGCUCUGACACAAGCUCAGAUGAUGCCAAACCCCACGGAAACGUAUGUUCCAGCCAGCUCCAUCUUUAAAUGGUAUGAAAACUUCCAGAGACGAAUGGUGCAGAAUCCAAACUUCUGGAAGACAUGACAUGCUUCAAAUAAACAAUGCUCUUUAAUUAAGAGACGAGAAGGAAAUUGUGAAUUCAUGUUACCGUGUGGCAGGAAACAGUUUACUUAAUCAGUAUAGUUUAUGGAUUUUAUGGAACAGAAAUGUAAAUACAGUGUUACUGAAAAUGUUUUAAUGCAGACAACACUGACUGUUUCCGGUUCACCAGCUGAGGAUGACUUACAGACUUUUCAUAUAAUGCAUGACUGAUAUUUAUAACGUAGAUAUAAAAAUGCAUCCCUUUA